AUGCUGGACCUUCAUGUUUGGGGCCCGGCUUUUGGCCUGCCAUCCAUUGACGCAGAGUGUCUGGCCAUCAUAGCGUACUUUCACAAUGCACUUCCCUCAUCGUCAUGGCGUCUCAUCCCCAGCAAUGAUCCGGCCGUCAGCCCAUCGAAUCUCUUGCCAGCUUUGCAACAUGAAGGCACCUGGACAAGCGGAUUCCAACCAAUUGUCCAAUAUUUAACCUCAGCUGCCAUCUGUGACGGCCUGGAUGAGACGCUCAGCUCCAUCCAACGGGCAGACAGCGUCGCUUAUAGCGCCUAUCUGAGAGCCCACGCGGGGCCUCUGGUUGAUCUAUCCUUAUAUGUUUCUGCGGCAAAUUGGGCCGCCACCACCAGGCCCGCGUACAGCUCACUACUGACGUUUCCCCUGACGUGGACCGUUCCGACUUUGAUCAGGUCGGAGGCUAUCAAGCGUGCGGAGCAUCUUGGCCUGGCCGAGCUGGAUACCGAUUUCGACCCCAAUGGCGGCCUCCAUCUGACGGCGGGGAGAGAUGCCUUGCCCGAGACGUUCCGGCGGCAUAUUCCUUUGAUGACCAAGAAGACUGUGCACGAGGAGAUGACACCGGAGCAAGCUACGGCAAUACGGUUAUUUGGAUUGACCGAGGACUGCCUUACGGUGCUGGAUGAUUUGAUAAACGCUGGAGAUGAAGAUCACCCUCGAUUUUUCACAGAUGCCGCGGUCUCUUCGCUGGACUGUUUGGCAUUCGGGUAUUUGGCUCUCAUGCAGAAGCCAGCUGUGCCACGAUCUUUCCUCAAAGACUGGCUCGAGCCAAAAGCCCCCAGAUUACACAAAUUCGGCGACUCCAUGCUUGCCGCCAUCACCGCACGCGGCGAUCUUCCCUGGGCAACACCCGAUCCAACAUCCGUUACUCGCUUUGGCGGCCGCAUUCUCGACUCCAUCUUGCGCCAUAUUCCCAACCUGGGAGAGCAGUACGCGGCCGAAAUGCGCCACAGGGCUGAACAUCAGAAGAAAGGCUUGGACCAGAGAGCUCUGAUGCUAAUCAUGGGCGUAGUCCUUGCCGGAUUGGCGACGGGCUAUGGAUUCCAAACCUACAGGGCGAUGCAACCGUUUGGAGCAUCGACUCAGUCGUGGAAGCCCAGGCGGAUGCGCACAAGAUUGAGCGAGUUUGGGCAGCUUGGGACAAUGCUCAGCAGUGCCAUGGGUCCCUUUCAGCCUCUCCCGAGCGUAGAAGUAGAUUCCGAAGUAGAUUGA